GGACUCCAUCAACUAAUUUUUGCUGCUACCAAGUUGGCUAUGAUAUGUUAAAGAGUUGCUGAGAACAGGGUUACUUCCAGUUUGGCGGCUUUGUCGUCAAGUUUGAUUGGCUGUCACUGCCAAACGGUUUUGAAUUUGAAAAAGCUGUUAGACACAUUUGUUCAACCUGGUCCAAACCUCCAGAAACACAAGAGCUCCAGAGGAAUGCGGAAGACAGGAGGGGUUGGCAGUCAUCAGGGGCUCAGGAAUCAACCCGCCCACUCCACCAAAAGUGGGGAAAACUGGAGAAUAUCCCGAUUUAUGUAACUUUUGUUUCGCCCUGAACCACCAGAUCUGCACGACGCCAAUAUGUUGGUGGUUUCGAUAUGUGUGGCGAGUUUAUUAAUAUUCCCACUCUUACUCCAAACGUUGUGCCCUUAUUUCUGGAAGGAUGCCUUCUACCUAGUGAAGCUGAUCAACAUAUCCAAGACCUACAUCCUUCGGCGGAGGAGGAGACCAAUCUUCCUCUUUCUGGACCGCUUUCUGGAGCAAGCCGUCGCGCGUCCCGAUGCGACGUUCAUCGUGUUCGAGGAUGAGCGCUUCUCCUACCGCGACGCGGACACGACGAGCAACAGGAUAGCGAACGCUCUCCUGCGUCACCCUCAGUACCAUGCUGGGGACACGGUGGCGCUGUUCAUGGGGAACGAACCCGCCUUUAUGUUCAUCUGCCUGGCCUUGGCGAAGUUGGGAUCCCCCGCUGCGCUCCUAAACCACAACAUCCGCUCCAGGUCCCUGUUGCACUGCUUCAGCUGCAGCAGCGCCACGGUGUUGAUCGCAGCCUCAGAGCUGCAGGACGCUGUGGGAGAGGUGCUGUCCUCGCUCAGGGAGCAGCGUGUGACCGUGUUGCUGAUGGCCCGGGACUGUGGCGUGAGCGGGAUGGAGAGCUUCUCCUCCGAGGUGGAGCAGGCCUCCGACACCCCCCUGCCUCGGGCCCUCAGAUCACACGUCACGUUCAAGAGCCCCGCCGUCCUCAUCUACACGUCUGGGACCACAGGUUUCCCCAAAGCCGCGGUGGUCAACCAGAACCGGCUCCUCAUGGCGCUGGCCGUCCUGGCGUCCAACGGCGUCACGGCAAGCGAUGUCAUCUACCUCAACCUGCCGCUCUACCACACAGCCGGCUUCCUCGUGGGCUUCGUGGGCGCCGUGGAGACGGGCUCAUGCAUCCUCCUGAGGAGGAAGUUCUCCGCCUCGCAGUUCUGGGUGGACUGCAGGAGGCACAAGGUGACGGUGAUCCAGUACAUCGGGGAGGUGCUGAGGUACCUCUGCAACACGCCUACGCGGCCCGACGACCGGGACCACUGCGUGCGCCUCGCCAUCGGCAACGGGCUGCGGGCUGACGUGUGGACGGACUUCCUGCGACGCUUCGGGAACAUCGGGGUCCGGGAGUUCUACGCCUCCACAGAGGGGAACAUGGGCUUCCUGAACUACACCGGCAAGAUCGGCGCCAUCGGACGCACCAACUUCCUGCAGCACAAGCUGUUCCCGUACUCGCUGGUUAAAUACGACACAGAGCACGACGAGCCCCGGCGGGACGCCCGUGGCCUCUGCAUCGAGGCUGUUAAAGGUGAGACUGGGCUGCUGGUGUCCAAAAUCACGGAGCGCGCUCCUUUCAUCGGCUACGUGGGGAACGAGGAGCAGACGGAGAAGAAGAGGCUGCGGGACGUCCUCAGGCCUGGAGAUCUGUACUUCAACAGCGGAGACCUCCUGAGGCUGGACCUGGAGGGCUUCCUCUACUUCCAGGACCGCGUGGGCGACACCUUCAGGUGGAAGGGCGAGAACGUGGCCACCACAGAAGUCGCGGACGCCCUUUCCCUUGCGGGCUGCGUGAGAGACUCCAACGUCUACGGCGUUGAGGUCCCAGGCCAUGAGGGGAGGGCGGGGAUGGCCGUCCUCACGCUGAGGGAAGGCGCUCAGUUCGAAGGCGUCCUCGUGUACCAGCAGGUGGUCGGCCUGCCCUCCUACGCCCGGCCUCGCUUCAUCAGGAUACAGACGGAGGUGGAGGUGACCUCCACCUUCAAGCAGCUGAAGAGGAGGCUGGUGGAGGAAGGGUUCGACCCAGAGAGCAUCGCGGACCCCCUGUACGUCCUGGACGAGGCGGCCCAGAGCUACAUCUCCCUGACCCCCCGGGUGUACGGCCUCCUCUCCUCCGGGGGCAUCAAGCUGUAGUCGGGGGGGGCUGGGGGGGCCUCACCGUUCACACUUUAGAACAACACUUUAUCUACGGCCCCUCAGCGAGGGGGUCCCUCAGGGAGGGGGUCCCAUCAUGACAUCCCUUCACACAAUAAUUCAGUUUCACUGUUGCCAGGUAAAUCAUCCAUACCAUGUUAAACAUAGGGGGGGGGGGGGGUUAACAGGCUGGGUUAAUCCGUACCUAAAGUCUGGUGUGGGUCCGACUUCGAGCCAGGAUGAGUGAUAGGAAUAAUGAGCAAUAAAAGAAGGCUCUUUUUUUUUUUACGGUGCACCAGGACGUCUGUAGGUGCGUGAUGCGGAACAUUACGACCUUCAGGGUGAUGUUUGAUCUCAAGACGGGGAUGGCUGGGUUAAUCCGUACCUAAAGUCUGGUGUGGGUCCGACUGUGAGCCAGGAUGAGUGAUAGGAAUAAUGAGCAAUAAAAAGUAUCUGGUGUUUGUGUUGCUAUCUGGUUGUAUGACUGUGUGUGAGGAUAAACAUCAUGGCUUUCAGAGAGAUGUUUGAUUUCAAGACAGGAGAUGGGGAUACAGGAAGCGGCAUUUGGGUCCACUGGGUCAGGGGGCUUGUGUAUGUGUGUGAGUGAAUGUGUAUUGUAAUCAAGUUUUAUCUAAUAUAUUAUUCUAUGAAUCCUCUUAAUACGUCUUAUCUCAUGACGAGAGCAUUAUUUUGAUAUGAAAAAACACGAUAGUGGUUGGUAACACUAGCACUAGGUGGUAAAUGGGGGGUCACCAAUGAUCCAGAGGGAAACGGGGAAGAUUCAGGAAAGAUAGUUCACAUAGAUGACUAUUUAUUAUGAAACCAGAGAUGCCGAGGGGGCCGUGAAACACCAACCGGAACCAAGACCAUGUGUGUUAUUAUUUCACAGCGUUUACUCUAUCACUCUAUUAUUAUCAUGUUUAACAUGGCUAUCUCACUAUUAUCAUUAGUAGUAGUUUAUGUGUGUAGAAAAAACGGAUACAUCGAAUUUCUGUUAUGUGGUAGGUCGGUCUGAUACGGGGUCUCGGAAUAAGCAGAACAGCUGUUGAGGAUCUGAACAACGUGGGGCUGAGACCAGCAGUUGUAAGCUUUUAAAACAUGUAUAAAAAAUAUAUGUAUAUUC